AUGUGCGAAAAAAUUGACGUCGAUGUGAAACUAUGCUGCACCAGCACAAAGGUACGGUAGGAAAAAGCUCCAAAAUCUCAACAAAAAAAAAAGUAGUUUUUCAGAUAUUUCUCUGGGUAGUUGGUAUUGGUAUGAUUGUUCUGGGCAUUAUUGUAUUGGUUUUGGGAAUUGUUGGCAAUCAAAUUUGGGCUGGUGGUCUUUAUAUGGUUGCGCUUGGAAUUGGUUCAAUUGUGGCCAUUUUCUACUCACCAAAAUGGGUGAUUAUAUCAAUGUUACUCAAUCACGUGGUCAUAUCUUUUUGCUGUGUAGCCAUGACAAUUAUAUUCCUGUUUUUCUCUUUGUUUUUUGGCGAUACCGAUGAAAAUAAGGAGAAGAAGGUUAAAACUAAUUUUAGUAAGUCACUAACAUUCGGCAUUUUUUUGUAAAACUUUUUUUUUAGCAAUUUUGUAUGUGUUGGGCAGCUUCUGCUUGGUGUCUUGUGUUUUUGCCAUCACUGGUUUGGUGGUCUACUGUAAGAUUUUGUAUAAUAAAGGAGGAGCGAAUACAAGUGUUAGUGGAACUGGAACUGUUACCGUAUCUUUGGGAUGA